UUUUAUUUUAAUGUUAGGUGUUUGGUUGGCAUGGUAAAAAUAUUGAUUAGUCUCAGGGUGCUUGACUCGACAAAGCAAGCAGGUUUAUUAGUGAUUUUUAUAACUGUUUUAAAUCACUGGAGCCAUGGAUAAUAUUUGGCAAGAUAAUCAAGUUCGAUUUGACUCUUCUUUGUCGGACAUACAAAUGCGAAAUGGGGAAUUACUUAUUGACAAGCUAGAUAUGAUUGAAGACACGAAGGGCAAUGCUGGAGAUCAAGGACGAUUGAUGGUAACAAAUUUACGAAUUAUAUGGCACUCGUUGUCUUUGCCAAGAAUAAAUCUUAGCAUUGGUUACAACAGAAUUUUAAAUGUUACCACAAAACAUAUAAAUUCAACAAAAGUAUAUAGACAAACACUUCAAGUUUUGCAUAUUUUAACAUCAUAUAAAAAUUGUAGAUAUGAAUUUAUUUUUGCAAAUUUAAAUACAAAAAGUACAAGACAUUAUACGUCUGUUAUUGGAGUAUACAGAGCUUAUAUGUCAACAAAAAUGUAUCGUGAAAUAAAAUUACGUGGUGGAUUUAUACAAGAUAAACGUUUAAUGACAUUACCACUUGAAAAUAUUAGCAGUAUAUUGCCAGGAGUUUUAAAUUUGUCAACAGAACAAGGUAAUGUUGGCACUUUUAUUGUGACAAACAUUAGAAUCGCUUGGUUUGCUGAUAUGAAUCAUCAGUUUAAUGUUUCAUUGCCGUAUCUAGUAAUGUCAAGUGCUAAUAUAAGAUCAUCAAAAUUUGGACCAACAUUAGUCAUAGCAAGUACUGAAGGAAGUGGUGGAUAUAUUCUUGGAUUUCGUGUUGAUCCAAUACAAAAAUUACAAAUUUUAUUUAAAGAAAUAACAGCUCUACGUGAUGCUUUUGAAAAAUCUCCAAUUUUUGGAGUUGAAUAUACAUUUGAACAUGAGGGUAUAACUGAGCCAGAAACAAAAGAACUUGAUAAUAAAGAAAUUCAAGAUAUUGAUGAUGAAAUAACAAAUGUUUUUGGUCUUUAUUUUGCUGAGGAUAAUUCAAUUCAAAGAAAACCAAAAUUAUCACAUCUAGGUAUUGCUGUUGAAGAACCACGAGAAGGUAUUACUUUACAGGGACUUUGGGAAUUACUUCCAACAACAUGACAAAAGUAAAAAUUAUUAAUACGUUAUAUUUGUAAAUAAAUUAAAAUACCAAAAAAUAUUUAAAUAUAUGUUUUGCUAUAUACUUUGAGAAAUAUAUUUUAUUAAUUUGUGUGCAAAACAAAGUUAAACGAAUUCUAUUCGCUGUAUAAUAAUAAUAUAUUUAAAUACAUAGAUUGAUAAUUGAGUAUUGACAAAUAUUUAUGUCAAUUUUAAUUUUUUUUUUGAUUAUAUCAAAAUCCCAAAGGCCAAAAUAAGUCUUUCUUUUUUUAUAUAUAAUAAUAGUAAUAAUAAAAAUA